CCAGCCACAUCUACGGCUGUGGCCCAGAAGGCAGUACCCACCACUUUUAUGGCUGUGGCCCAGAAGUUAGUGCCCACCACAUCUACAGCUGUGGCCCAGAAGACAACACCCAACAUGUCUACCACUGGAGUAAAAAUGGAAGCUAAAGUUUCUAACUUUGAAUCUCCAUCAUCUGCUACGCAUAAAUCAGCUCUCACCUCUUCUUUGCCUGGCUCUGAAUCCAAGAUGAAUUAUUGUUUGACUAAACCUUCAGAAUCAAAAUCUGAAAAUGUCUUGCCCUCAGAAAAGAAAGCAAGCUUGGAAGGUACCGCAGUGUUAAAAAGCAGUACUGUCCCUGUCAAGGUACCAUGCAAAUUAUUGACAAGCGAAGAUGCAAAAGAGAGGCAACCAUUUUUCAAUAGACUAUACAAAGCUGUUGCUUGGAAGCUGGUUUCUGUUGGAGGGUUUAGUCCCAAUGUCAAUCAUGCAGAACUGUUGAACUCAUCCAUUCAGUCUGUAAAAGCAACAUUAGAUGUUGAAUUUGUUCCACUGAAAGAGCUUGCAGAUUUACCUCAGAAUAAAAGCUCUCAGGAAAAUGUGGUUUGUGAACUGAGAUGCAAAUCUGUAUAUUUGGGUACUGGCUGUGGAAAAAGUAAAGAGAAUGCCAAAGCAGUUGCUUCGAGGGAGGCACUGAAACUGUUUCUCAAGAAGAAGGUUAUUGUGAAAUUAUGUAAAAGGAAGUACAAAGGAAGGGAAAUUGAAGAUUUGGUGCUUCUUGAUGAAGAAUCAAAACCAUUAAAUUUACCUCCUGCUUUAAGAAAUCCUCAAGAAAUGUUGCAAAACAGUGAAGUAGUCACUGCAUAUACUAGCAAAUAAUGUUUUAUCACAGAGAAGUGAAAUAAUUUUGUAUACUAGACUAGACUCCCAGAUAUUUUGUAUUUUUCAAUUUUCAGUUUUGCAGAACAAAUACCAUUAUUGUUCUUUUCACUUAGUAGCAAAUGUAAAUAAUUUUUACAGAUGUAAAGAACUAUGCCUUAACGUAUAUAGCACAUUAGUGUGCUGUUUAUUUGGUAAGCAGUCUACUCAAGUUUUCUAUUUUUUAACAGAAUAAUUAUGGUACAGUUGCUGUUCAGUGUGGUCUAAUUUAGUAACUCCUACAAUCUGGUAGCAGUACUGCUUACUUCUGAAACCCAUAUCCCUUUUUAGCUGCAAAUGAAUAUGUAAGCAAGAACCAUUGUAGCUGGAUGAAAGAAAGUUGUCUAAAAAUUCUGUCAAACAUUUAAUCACCUGCUUUGUAUGUUGCUCAUAAUGUCCCUAUGCCUCUUAGACCGUUUAUUUGGAUCAUUUUAAUGAAGUAGGAGUAAUUUAAAUCUUAAUUAAAA